AUGUCCGAAUCUGUGACAGGCUCAUCGAGAAAUGCCACCUCGAAACCAUCACAGUCUCAGUCCCAAACCUCAAAUUCCUCAAUCCUCGACCCCGCCAACUUCCCACAAACUCUCUCAACGGAGACAAUCUACAUUUCCCUAGUCUACGAUCCACUCGACGUACCAGCCUAUCUGCGAUUCACGCGCUCUCCGACCGCCGGGGCCAAUGUUCUGUUUCUAGGAACCACCCGCAACAACUUCGACGAUCGGCCGGUGUCACGACUCUCGUACUCGGCGUACCCGUCGCUCGCACUCAAGUCUUUGUAUGCUAUUGCCGAAGACGUGCAGAAGAAACAUGGAUUAAACAAAGUGGUCAUAGUCCAUCGCCUGGGUGAAGUCAAGGUCGAAGAGGAGAGUAUUGCCGUCUCGGUGAGCAGCGCACACAGGGCAAGUGGGUGGAAGGGCGCGGAAGAGAUUCUCGAGAGAGUCAAGGCCAGAGCGGAGAUUUGGAAGAGAGAAUGGUUUGCCGAUACUGGAGAGGGUGAGGGCGAGGAAGGGGUCUGGCGGGCGAACAGGGAUAGAGAUGCGCAGGGGGAUCUUCUACAGCAGAAGUGA